CCAAACUAAACCAAAACCAAAACCAAACACUUCAUUUGCGUAAUUUAGUUUCAUACGUUGUUGUAUCUAUAAAUAGUUUUGUUUCUCCAGCAUCCAUUUCAUAAUCCUUGUUUCACGGAUCUCUCCCAUCUCAAAAUCCGACCCAUUUACGCGUCCCAAACCGGGUCAACCCGCAAUGGAUAAGCCAAGCUUCGUAAUCCAACCCAAAGAAGCAGAAUCCGCCGCGAAACAACUCGGCGUCUCCGUACUCCGGCUCCUUCCGUCGUUGGUCAAACCAGCACAAUCCUACGCUCGAACUCCGAUUUCAAAAUUCAACGUCGGAGUCGUCGGACUCGGAUCAUCAGGUCGGAUCUUCUUAGGCGUCAAUGUCGAAUUCCCAAACCUCCCUCUCCACCACUCAAUCCACGCCGAACAAUUCCUCGUCACCAAUCUCACACUCAACGGUGAGCGUCAUCUCAAAUUCUUCGCCGUCUCCGCCGCACCAUGUGGCCAUUGCCGUCAAUUCCUCCAAGAAAUCCGCGACGCUCCUGAAAUCAAAAUCCUAAUCACCGAUCCAAAAAACUCCGCCGAUUCCGAUUCCGCCGCCGAUUCAGACGGAUUCUUACGUCUCGGAAGCUUCUUGCCACACAGAUUCGGUCCCGACGAUCUUCUCGAGAAAGAUCUUCCUCUUCUUCUCGAACCUCACGAUAACCAUCUCAAAAUCUCAGAUCUCGAUUCGAUUCGUAACGGAAUCACUGAUUCAUCCGCCGAUUUGAAACAAACGGCUUUAGCGGCGGCGAAUAGAUCGUACGCGCCGUAUAGUUUAUGUCCGUCGGGAGUUUCGUUGGUGGAUUGUGACGGGAAAGUGUACAGAGGUUGGUACAUGGAAUCGGCGGCGUACAAUCCUAGUAUGGGACCAGUACAGGCGGCGUUGGUUGAUUACGUGGCAAAUGGUGGUGGAGGAGGUUACGAGAGGAUCAUCGGAGCGGUUCUGGUGGAGAAAGAAGAUGCGGUGGUGCGGCAAGAGCGCACGGCGAGGUUGUUAUUAGAGACUAUAUCGCCGAAAUGCGAAUUCAAAGUGUUUCAUUGCUAUGGAGCUUAAGAGAAUCCAUUUAAUUAUCGGAAGAAUAAAGGAAUUAAAAAAAAGGGAUAAAAUGUUUAAUUCAUAUAAUUGUUGAAAUUGAUGUGAUUCUCUUGUCAAUGAUGUGGAUAGAUUUUUAAAAAAUGCUGAUGACACAGAGAGAAGAAGAAAAGUUUUUAUUUUUACUUUAGUGUUGAUGAUAAAUUUAAUACGAUUAUUAUGUUUA